GGGUAGAUAUCUUCCACAUGGCAGUGGGGUGAGCCAGAGCUUGGGAGUGAAAAUAUGAAGAAAGUAAAACCCCUCUAAAACCCCCCAAGUUAUCCACUCGGGCCGGACCAUGGCUCUGCUCCUCCCAAACCCCCAAGUUAUCCCUUCUUCUUCUUCUUCUUCUUCUUCUUCUUGUUAUUAUAGGAGGCCCUCAAAUCGGCCGUGCAGACGGUUGAGCGUCCAGAACAGCCUGGGCCUUUCGAAUUCAGUUUCCACGAAAACGAAAUCGAGCAAAAAGCGUGUCCAAAUCGAGGCAGACUCGGACGCCAUAUCCAUUCUCAAUGAGAGAAUCCGGCGGGAGCAGAGAAAGGAAUCGGCUGCGCCGAUGGAGGCGGAGGAGGCAGACAAGUACUUGGAGUUGGUGAAGCAGCAGCAGCAGAGGGGCCUCCAGAAGCUCAAGGGCGAUCUCAGUUACAAGGUCGAUCCCUAUACUCUUCGUUCCGGUGACUAUGUCGUCCAUAAGAAGGUCGGCAUUGGUCGGUUCGUUGGAAUCAAAUUCGACAAUGCAAUUGAAUACGUGUUCAUCGAGUAUGCUGAUGGCAUGGCCAAGCUUCCUGUCAAGCAGGCCUCUCGCUUGCUCUAUCGUUACAAUCUCCCCAACGAAAACAAGAAACCUCACACAUUGAGCAAACUGAACGACACCAGCGUGUGGGAGAGACGAAAGACCAAAGGAAAGAUUGCCAUUCAGAAAAUGGUUGUUGAUUUGAUGGAGCUCUAUUUACAUAGGCUCAAACAAAGACGCCCUCCCUACCCUUUUACCCCUGCCAUGGCUCAUUUUGUUUCUCAGUUCCCGUACGAGCCCACUCCUGAUCAAAAGCAGGCUUUCGUUGAUGUUGACAAAGAUUUAACAGGCAGAGAAACUCCAAUGGACCGCCUAAUUUGCGGUGAUGUUGGCUUUGGCAAAACUGAAGUUGCACUCCGUGCCAUCUUUUGUGUUGUUUCUGCUGGCAAGCAAGCUAUGGUUCUUGCACCCACAAUUGUUUUAGCCAAGCAACAUUUUGAAGUUAUCUCUCAGCGAUUUUCUAUCUACCCCAAUAUCAAGGUUGGCCUUCUUAGCAGGUUUCAGACAAAAUCAGAGAAAGAUGAGCAUCUAGACAUGAUAAAGAACGGUCAUUUGGACAUAAUUGUCGGGACACACUCACUUCUUGGAAGUCGUGUUGUGUAUAAUAAUCUAGGCCUGCUUGUUGUUGAUGAAGAACAGAGGUUCGGCGUCAAACAGAAAGAGAAGAUUGCUUCAUUCAAAACAUCAGUUGAUGUUCUUACUCUAUCUGCAACACCCAUACCGAGAACUCUUUAUUUAGCAUUGACUGGUUUUCGUGAUGCGAGCUUGAUUUCAACUCCACCUCCAGAAAGAGUCCCUAUAAGAACCCAUCUCUCUGCAUACAGUAAAGAAAAAGUACUAUCAGCAAUUAAGUAUGAGCUAGACCGAGGUGGCCAAGUAUUUUAUGUUUUGCCUCGUAUCAAAGGACUUGAAGAAGUCAUGGAAUUUCUUGAACAAUCGUUUCCUGAUAUUGAAAUAGCUAUUGCCCAUGGGAAGCAAUAUUCAAAGCAGCUAGAGGAAACCAUGGAGAAAUUUUCACAAGGCACAAUCAAGAUUCUUACAUGCACUAAUAUAGUAGAGAGUGGGCUUGACAUUCAGAAUGCAAACACCAUUAUAAUUCAGGACGUUCAACAAUUUGGCCUUGCACAGUUGUAUCAGCUUCGGGGAAGGGUGGGGAGGGCAGAUAAGGAAGCUCAUGCACACUUAUUUUACCCAGAGAAGUCACUUUUAACUGAUCAAGCGUUGGAGAGACUUGCAGCACUUGAGGAAUGCUGUCAACUUGGGCAAGGUUUCCAACUUGCAGAGAAGGACAUGGGAAUAAGAGGCUUUGGUACCAUCUUUGGGGAGCAGCAGACUGGGGAUGUCGGAAAUGUUGGCAUUGAUCUCUUCUUUGAAAUGCUGUUUGAGAGCUUGUCUAAGGUUGAUGAGCAUAGAGUGGUUUCAGUUCCUUACUGCUCUGUUGAGAUUGACAUGAAUAUAAAUCCGCAUCUCCCUUCUGAGUACAUAAAUAACCUCGAGAAUCCCAUGGAGAUAAUUCAUGAAGCUGAGAAAGCUGCCGAGAAGGACAUCUGGAGUUUGAUGCAAUAUACUGAGAAUUUACGCCGCCAAUAUGGAAAGGAGCCACACUCUAUGGAAAUUCUAUUGAAAAAGCUUUAUGUGAGGAGAAUGGCAGCAGAUAUUGGAAUUACAAAGAUUUAUGCUUCCGGAAAGAUGGUGUUUAUGAAAACAGUUAUGAAUAAACAGGUUUUCAACCUGAUUACAGAUUCAGUGGUUUCUGAUGUUCAUCGAAAUUCUUUGGUUUUUGAGGGUGACCAGAUCAAGGCAGAACUUCUUCUAGAACUGCCGAGAGAACAACUCCUAAACUGGAUAUUUCAAUGUUUGGCUGAGCUACAUGCUUCCUUACCUUCCCUCAUAAAGUAUUAGUAACUUAUGGAGAUUGCAUUGUUUAUGACGCGGUACACAAUAACUCGCACAAUUGCUAUACUUCAACAUGGCAUAUGGGGUAGUAGAAUGAGAAAAAUCUGUCCCAGUUUUGACUGAUUCUAGGUUUCAACUGAUAAUCCAUCUGAUGUUGCUAACCUGAGAUGGCCUUGCAUGAAUCAGCAGAUGUUCAAAUUCAUCACACAUUGAUUGCUACACCAAUGUUUCCAAACAAGCGCUUCAUCCUUUGCUGGGUUCUCAUGGUAGCAAAUAAUUUGAGGUAACUAAUGGAAAAUAGGCUAUGGAUUCCGCAGUGACAUCGGUAUCAUCGUGCAUAUGCUAUCUGCCUAUCUGUAUAAAGUAUGUCGUCGUCCGCUGUUAGAUUUCGCGUAGCCUAGUUGAACAGGCCCACACUUGUAAUCAAAUGUCUUGAGGAGGUGAUCUAGUUUCAAAUAUUCAUUAUAGCACAGAAUGAUAAUUCGAAUUUUCGGAGCGACA